UACCGGUCAUGUUCCCAUAUUUGGUGGCAUCGCGAAAUCCUUCGACAAAUGCUAUAUAAUUAACCGUGGCUGCACCUUUCCGCGAUCUAAUUACCUCCAACACUUCGAGGCUCUAAAACUAACGAGUUGCCCAGAGCAACAUAUUUCGUGUAGUAAAGUCUAACGAGUCUUUUUCGUUGUUCAUCAUCAUCAUCAUCAUCAUGCCAAGGAUGUGGGAUCCUCUCACUGACGCCCCUGACCUCCACGGGAAAGUGGCGGUGGUGACAGGCGGCAACGCCGGUAUAGGGCUGGUAACGGUCAAGUACCUCGCCUUACGCGGAGCCAAGGUGUACUUCACAGCCAGGUCCGAGGCGAAGGCCCAGAAAGCACGAGAUCACCUCAAAGCCAGUCACCCAGACAUUGAUCUGAACAAUCUCGUCUGGCUGUUGCUUGACUUGGCAGAUCUCAAGACAGUCACUUCUGCCGUUGAGGAGCUGAAGAAGAAAGAGGACAAAGUUGACAUUCUAAUCAAUAAUGCCGGAUUUGUAACAGGUUCGACUGAGACUGUGGGGCCGGGUUGGGAAAGCCAUAUGGCUGUCUGCCAUGUUGGCCACUUCGUCUUCACAAACGGCAUCAUGCCUCUGCUCAAGCACGCUCUCACCUACGAGAACGCGGACGUCAGGGUCGUAACGCUCAGCUCUUGCGUCGUGUGCGAUUUUCUCCCGCCCAACUACGACUUCCAUUUCGACUCUCCGUCUUUCCUCACAAACCCAGCCCCUUCUUACCCGUGGCGGUGGCGAUAUUUAAACCGGCAUAUAUUCGUCGUAGACAUGAUCCGCUACGGGGUCGCCAAGGCUGCAAACAUGAUGUUUGCACAGGAACUGCAGCGCCUGAUGGACCAGCAGGGGCUCCCGAUCAUAUCCACGUCGGUGCACCCGGGAGGGGUGGCGACCGACAGCGUCACGGACAUUGGCAACAGCGUGUUCGGCCUCCUCGUGCGGACAACAUUCAUCACCCCGGACCAAGGUGGCGUGACGCCCUUCUUCGCAGCGACCGCGAAGGAGGUGCGCGACAGCCCGGAGAAGUACAAGGGGAGAUUUCUGGAGCCGUUUGGGAAGGUGGGAACUCCGCAUGUGGUCACAAAGAACGAGAAGCAGGUGCGGGGCCUGUGGGAUAAUACGACGGCCGAGGCGAACAAGUACCUCGUCGAGCUUGGCCUUGCUCCUCUCGGUUCGUGGUGAUAUGAGUAUGUAUGACUGCGUUGAAAUGACCAUCACAUCUCAACAAGUUUUGAUAGAUUUUCUUUCCAUCUACGAGCGCUUACACAAU